AUGUUUCAUACUUCCCCUUUGGAUUUACCAACGCAUGACAUAUCUCCACAGUAUGCCUAUAGCAAGUCAAAUCCAUUGGCAACAGCAAAGCAAUCACUAGAUAUCAUCUUAAGUAACCAAGACUCAAAGCAAAUAUUUUACUUUUUACUGCUCAAUCUAUCCUACAUGUUUGUUCAGUUGGCUUAUGGUGUCUGGACAAACUCAUUGGGCUUAAUUUCAGAUGCUAUACACAUGUUCUUUGACUGCUUAGCGUUGGGUAUUGGUCUAUUUGCCUCUGUGAUGAGUAAAUGGCCCUCGAAUGCUGAGUACUCCUAUGGAUACAGUAGAAUUGAGACAGUAGCAGCUUAUUUUAAUGGUGUCUUUUUGAUUAUGAUUUCAACUUCCAUCAUUGUUGAAGCCAUUCAACGACUGAUUACCCCGCCAGAAAUGAAUACCCAUCGUUUAUUGUUUAUCAGCUUUGUAGGAUUAGUAGUCAAUCUUGUAGGUAUUUUUGCUUUUAAUCAUGGUCACCAUCACGGCCAUCACCAUCAUGAUCACGGUCAUCAUCACCAUGAUCACGGACAUAGUGCUAAUAUGCAAGGUGUCUUUUUACACAUCAUGGCAGACACAUUGGGUUCCGUGGGUGUCAUCGCUUCUACCAUCCUGAUCAAAUGGUUUGGCUGGACCGGAUUCGAUCCUAUUGCCUCCUUAUUUAUCGCAGUCUUGAUUAUUGCCUCCGUUAUACCAUUGAUUCGACAGUCAGCAGCCGUAUUGAUGCUUCAAUUAGAUGAUGGGACAAUAGCAACGAUCGAAGGUACUUUAGAAGAAGUCAAGGCAAUGGAGGGUGUCUACAGCAUCAGCCAUAGUCGCUUUUGGCCAUAUGAAGCUGAAAGUGUAGUUGGAUCACUUCACGUGCAGGUUAAGGAUAAUGUGGAUACCCAAACGCUAAGAAACACCAUCACUGCAUUAUUACAUAGUCAUAUUCACGGUCUUAGAGAAGUCUGUGUGCAGAUUGAACUUCAGAGUGCUAAAAAGAAGAAUCGCACGGUACCUGAAAAAGGAUUCUUUCAUUCUCCUCUUGUAUAUAGCAGUAGUAGUCUUUCUUCCAAUGCCCAUAUUAAUUAUAGAUCAAACACAUCUACACCUACACCUAUGAUCAAUAGUCCAGCAGAUAUCAAUAGUAGCAAUAGCCCUAAUCUUAAUCCAAUCAUCUCUGUUCUUCAAAAGCAAACAAAGAAAGAAUAA